CAUCAGCUCUCCUCAUUCCUUCAGGUUUCAACAUACAACAUCUCGACAAAUGUUUUCUUCCGCUUUCGUCUUCCUGCUGGUUGUGGUGGCAAUGGCCAACGCCCAACCGACUGCAACAGCCGAGCCCCAGCAAGUCAUCACGGUCACCAACGGCGAACUGGAAGGGCAAUGGGGCCCAUUGGAGCGAUGCCCGCCCGGCUCAAGGACCGUCAGUUUCCGGACCCGCAACGAAUUGGCCACUCCGCUGUUUGACGACACGGCCCUCAACACGAUCGUCCUCUACUGCAACGACGAAUUGGCAACUAAUUUCACAUCCACACCCGGAUUUUCGGGAGAUUUCCAGCAGAUUGUCACUUGCCCGUUUGGCGGUUACCUGACGAAAUUCAUUUUGAGAGUCAGUCCGUCGUCCGGCAGCAGCAGUAGUUCUGACAGGACGGCGGCCAACGACAUCCGUUUCAUGUGUUCCAACGGAUACGAAAUCAACGGGCCGGGAAACACGGGCGGAGAUUGGGGCCAGGAAAGUGGCGAGUGCCUCGACGGCAUCUGCGGUAUGGAGACCCGCGUCCAGCCGUUCGACGGAGGCCUCGGCCACUACGACAACACGGCCCUCAACGACGUCCGCUUCACUUGCUGUUGAUUCUAAAUUUGACAUCAGUUCGUCGGCCAGCCGUUUUGAUUCCUAUAGCAAAUUUUUAGUUGGAAAAAUGUAUCGAUUUCAUGACAGAUUGUCUAGUAAUGAAUUGAUUAUAGCAGAAUACAAUUUUAAGUUC